AUUAACCACAGAAGAAGACCUUCAAUAACAACAUGUCUGCACACACAACUUAGUACACGCUGUAGAUGUUGAGCUGAGGAAAUCUUCAUUUCUGGCUAGUUAAUUAGCUUUCCAGCAAUAAUGUCGACCCCAGCGAAAGGAGCAACGAAGAAAGAAAAAAAGAAGCCGAUACCAGUCAAAACAUCCCUGAAUAACCCGUACAACAUUGGCUGGAGUGACCUCUUACAAAAACAACACAAACAUUUAAUACUUGACACUCUGAAAGAAAAAUUAUCCGCCACCGGGCUUCGGAAAGAGCGUGUCAGCCGGUUUCGCGAUUGGGGAAGCAGAAGGAGGUCCAGAAAAAAGGCAUCAAAACCCACCGAAGAGCAAAACCCAGCUUCUGAACCCGCAGAGAGCGUGCAAACCCCCGAGCCGGGCUGGACCAAUCUGGCCCUGAGGAAACAGCUCGCCAUCGGCAUCAACGAGGUCACCAAGGGCCUAGAAAGGAACGAGCUGAGUUUGGUGCUCGUGUGUAACUCGGUCACCCCAGCUCACAUGACGAGCCAUUUAAUCCCGCUGAGUAAAACCAGGUCGGUGCCCGCCUGCCAGGUACCCGGUUUGAGUGGAAGCCUGUCGGAGCUGCUCGGCCUCAAGUGCGUCCUGGCACUGGGCUUCAGACGCGGGUCCGAGGAGUUCGAGAAUACGGUCCGCGCCAUCACACCGAUGGUCCCACAGCUCCCCGUGGCGUGGAUUCAGACAGACUCAACACCAACAACCAAAGAAAAGCGCACAGAAAUCGGACAGAAGAGGAAACUAGAAGAGCUGUCGAGUGAUGCAUCUCCUUUGGUUCUCCAGCCUCUAAAAGUAAAGAAAAUCAUUCCGAAUCCAACGAAAAUUAGGAAACCCAAACUGAAAAAACAGAAAAAAGUUGUUUAACCUGCAUUCUAUGAAUGAAGAAUGUGUAAACACGUUUAUUAUAUUUAUAUUUUCAAUAGUUUGUGAUGAUUUUGUGAGUGUAUUUUACAUUGUGAUUGGUGGACUGUCAUAUUUGAUGGUCUUUAAGAAAGCUGAUCAUUUAAAACUACACAAUUUUGGCAUUUGUAAAGACACCUUUUUUGAAAUUUGGCAGAUACUUUGGGUAUUCUUACCACCAGAGUCGUUAAAUUCAUAAACCACUGAAGGGGGAAAGAAGUUUAAUGUUAAUGUUGAGUGAACCAUUAUAGGUUCACUUAACAUUAAACUUCUUUCAUUUUUUAAGACAGGGCUGUCCAAACUCUGGGCUGGUGUCCCGCAUAGUUUAGCUCCCAACUUCCACACACCUGCCUGAAAGUUUCUAGUAUACCUAAACCACUUGAUAAGCUGGUUCAGGUAUGUUUAACUGGGGUUGGAAAUGAAGUAUGCAGGACACCAACCCUCCAGGACCGAGUUUUGACACCCUUGUUAAGAUAAUUCUUCAGAAUCUCAAAAAAAAAAAAAAAAAAGAAAGGCCUUUUUCUUAACUUCAAUAUUUGCUUAGGCUACUAAAUACUUGGCUUGGACACACAUUUUUAUUAAGUAUAUGUGAUGGUUAUGAAAAAUAAAAAGCCCCAACUGAG